AUGGUAGCAGAAAUCCGGGAGGCCUGGCGGGCCUCUGCCCGCCGUCCCCGGGACCCCGGCCUGGCGGGCCUCUGCCCGCCCGUCCCCGGGAGGCUGGCGGGCCUCUGCCAGCCCGUCCCCGGGAGGCCUGGCGGGCCCACUGCCAGCCCGUCCCCGGAGGCCUGGCGGGCCUCUGCCAGGGGCCCGUCCUCGGGAGGCCUGGCGGGCCCUCUGCCCCCGCCCGAGCUGGCAGGCCUCUGCCAGCCCGUCCCCGGGAGGCCUGGCGGGCCUCUGCCAGCCCGUCCCCGGGAGGCCUGGCGGGCCUCUGCCAGCCCGUCCCCGGGAGGCCUGGCGGGCCUCUGCCAGCCCGUCCCCGGGAGGCCUGGCGGGCCUCUGCCAGCCCGUCCCCAGAGGCCUGGCGGGCCUCUGCCAGCCCGUCCCCUCGGGAGGCCUGGCGGGCCAUCUGCCAAGCCCGUCCCCGGGAGGCCUGGCGGCCUCUGCCAGCCCGUCCGUCCCCGGGAGGCCUGGCGGGCCUCUGCCAGCCCGUCCCCGGGAGGCCUUGGCGGGCCUCUGCCAGCCCGUCCCCCGGGGAGGCCUGGCGGGGAACGGGCGGCCUGGCGGGCCUCUGCCAGCCCGUCCCCGGGAGGGCCUGGCGGGCCUCUGCCAGCCCGUCCCCGGAAGGCCUGGCGGGCCUCUGCCAGCCCGUCCCCGGGAAGGCCUGGCGGCCUCUGCCAGCCCGUCCCCGGGAGCCUGGCGGGCCUCUGCCAGCCCGUCCCCGGGGAGGCCUGGCGGGCCUCCUGCCAGCCCGUCCCCGGAGGCCUGGCGCCUCUGCCAGCCCGUCCCCGGGAGGCCUGGCGGGCCUCUGCCAGCCCGUCCUCGGAGGCCUGGCGGGCAUCUGCCAGCCCGUCCCUAGGGAGGCCUGGCGGGCCUCUGCCAGCCCCGUCCCAGGGAGGCCUGGCGGGCCUCUGCCAGCCCGUCCAUGGGAGGCCUGGCGGGCCUCUGCCCGCCCGUCCCAGGGACGCCUGGCGGGCCUCUACCCGCCCGUCCCCGGGACGCCUGACCGCCCGUCGCCGGGACGCCUGGCGGGCCUCUGCCAGCCCGUCCCAGGGAGGCCUGGCGGGCCUCUGCCAGCCCGUCCCAGGGAGGCCUGGCGGGCCUCUGCCAGCCCGUCCCAGGGAGGCCUGGCGGGCCUCUGCCAGCCCGUUCCCCCCAGGGAGGCCUGGCGGCCUCUGCCAGCCCGUUCCCAGGGGGCCCGGAGGCCUGGCGGCCCUCUACCACGCCCGUCCAGCCCCGGGACGCCUGGCAGGCCUGGGCUACUGCCCAGCCCGUCCCCCAGGGACGCCUGGCGGGUCCCACGUACGCCUGGCGGGGCCUCUGCCAGCCCGUCCCAGGGAGGCCUGGCGGGCCUCUCCCCGCAGCCCGUUCCCAGGAGGCCUGGCGGGCCUCUGCCAGCCGUCCCAGGGAGGCCUGGCGGCCUGGCCCUGCCAGGCCCGUCCCAGGGAGGCCUGGCGGCCUCUGCCAGCCCGUCCCAGGGAGGCCUGGCGGGCCUCUGCCAGCCCCGUCCCAGGGAGGCUGGCGGGCCUCUGCCAGGCCCGUCCCAGGCCUGGCGGGCCUCUGCCAGCCCCGUCCCAGGGAGCCUGGUCGGGCCGGGCCUUGACCAGCUCCCGUCCCAGGGACGCUGGGGGGCUCUACCCGCCCGUCCCCGGAACGCCUGCCCGCCCGUCCCCUGGGAACGCCUGCGGGCCUCUGCCCGCCCGUCCCCGGGACGCCUGGCGGGCCACUGCCCGCCCGUACCCUUGGACGCCUGGCGGGGCCUCUCCCCGCCCUGCCCGGGACCCCGGGGACGCCUGGCGGGCCUCUGCCCGCCUGUCCCCGGGACGCCUGGCGGGGCUCUGCCCGUCCUGGACCCCGGGACGCCUGGCGGGCCUCUGCCUGCACGUCCCUGGGACGCCUGGCGGGCCUCUGCCCCGCCGUCCCCGGGACGCCUGGCGGGCAGCUUCCCGCCCGUCCCGGGACGCCUGGCGGGGCCUCUGCCGCCGUCCCCGGACGCCUGGCGGGCCUCUGCCCGCCGGUCCCCGGGACGCCUGGCGGGCCUCUGCCGCCCGUCCCGAUAAACCUGCAAGCCUCGCCCACCCGUCAAGGCCCGCCCACUCAUCCCGGGACACCACGGGACCUGGGGCCCGGCCCUCGUCGGGACACCUGGCGGGCCCUGCCGACAAUCCCAAGACACCUGGGGGCCUCACCUGCCCACUUCUUGGGACUGCCACCUUCCUGGGACCUGGGUAUGCCACUUCUUGGACCCUGUUAGGAGCCCUCGCCCACCCGUCAAGGCCUGCCCACCCAUCCCGAGACGCCUGGCGGGCCUCGCCCACCAGUCCCGGGACACCUGGCGGGCCUCACAUGCCCCUGCCAGCCCGUCCCAUGGAGGCCUGGUGGGCCUCUGCCCGCCCGUUCCCAGGGACGCCCUGGCGGGCCCCUCUACCCGGCCCCCAAACCCAAAACUCCCGGCCCCUACCCCAAGACCCUGACCCGCCCCCGUCGCCGGGACACCUGGCGGGCCUCUGCCAAGCCCGGAGGCCUGGCGGGCCUCUGCCAGCCCGUCCCAGGGAGGCCUGGCGGGCCUCUGCCAGCCCGUCCCAGGGAGGCCUGGCGGGCCUCUGCCAGCCCGUCCCAGGGAGGCCUGGCGGGCCCCUGCCCGCCCGUCCCACCAGGGAGGCUGGCGGGCCUCUGCCAGCCCGUCCAGGGAGGCCUGGCGGGCCUCUGCCAGCCCGUCCCAGGGAGCCUGGUGGGCCUAUGCCAGCCCGUCCCAGGGAAGCCUGGCGGGCCUCUGCCAGCCUGUCCCAGGGAGGCCUGGCGGGCCUCUGCCAGCCUGUCCCAGGGAGGCCUGGCAGGCCUCUGCCAGCCCGUCCCAGGGACGCCUGGGGGGCCUCUACCCGCCCAUCCCCGGGACGCCUGACCCGCCCGUCCCCGGGACGCCUGGCGGGCCUCUGCCCGCCCGUCCCCGGGACGCCUGGCGGGCCACUGCCCGCCCGUCCCCGGGACGCCUGGCGGGGCUCUGCCCGCCCGUCCCCGGGAUGCCUGGCGGGCCUCUGCCUGCCCGUAACUGGGACACCUGGCGGGCCUCUGCCCGCCCGUCCCCGGGACGCCUGGCGGGCAGCUUCCCGCCCGUCCCCGGGACGCCUGGCGGGCCUCUGCCCGCCGGUCCCAGGGACGCCUGGCGGGCCUCUGCCCGCCCGUCCCGAUAAAACCUGGUGGGCACAGCUGACCAGUCCCAAGACACCUGGGGGACCUCACCUGCCCCUUCCUGGAACCCGUAGCAGGCCUCGCCCCACCCGUCAAGGCCCGCCCACUCAUCCCGGGACACCAGGCCUUCCCGUCUCGGACACCUGGCGGGCCUCCCGCCCGCACGUCCCGGACACCUGGCGGGCCCUGCCGACAAAUCCCAAGACACCUGGGGGGCCUCACCUGCCACUUCUUGGGACCUGUACGCGGCCCUCGCCCACCCGUCAAGGCCUGCCCACCAUCCCGAGACGCCUGGCGGGCCUCGCCCACCAGUCCAGGACACCUUGGCGGGCCUCACAUGCCCCUUCCGGAACCCGUAGCUGGCCUGGCAUGCCUCUGCCCGCCCGUCCAGGGAGGCCUGGCGGGCCCUGCCCGCCCGCCCGCCCCGGGAGGCCUGCGGGCCUCUGCCCACCCGUCCCCGGAGGCCUGGCGGCCUCUGCCCGCCCGUCCCCGGAGGCCUGGUGGGCCUCUGCCCGCCCGUCCCCGGGAGGCCUUACCCGCCCGUCCCCUGGACGCCUGGCGGGCCUCUGCCCGCCUGUCCCCAGGACGCCUGGCGGGCCACUGCCCGCCAGUCCCCGGGACGCCUGGCGGGGCUCUGCCCGCCCAUCCCGGGCCCACGCCUGGCGGGGCUCUGCCCGCCCGUCCCGGAGACGCCUGGCAGGCGAGGCCCGCGGUCCCGUCCGCGGGAAUGCCUGGCGGGCGGAGGCCAGCCGGUCCCCUGGACGCCUGGCGGGCGGAGCCCGCCGGUCCCGGGAAGCCUGGCGGGCGGAGGCCCGCCCGUCCCCGGAUGCCUGGCUGGGCCUCUGCCCGCCCGUCCCGGAGGGACGCCUGGCGGGCCUCUGCCCUCCCGUCCCCGGGACGCCUGGCGGGGCCACUGCCCGCCCGUCCCCGGGACGCCUGGCGGGCCGCUGCCCGCCCGUCCCCGGGACGCCUUGCGGGCCUCUGCCGCCCGUCCCCGGGAUGCCUGGCGGGCCGCUGCGCCGUGCCCGGGGCGCCUGGCGGGCCUCUGCCCGCCCGUCCACGGGACGCCUUGCGGGCCUCUGCCGCCCGUCCCCGGGACGCCUGGCGGGCCUCUUUCCCCGCCCGUCCCCGGGACGCCUGGCAGUCCGCUGCCCGCCAGUCCCCGGGAACGCCGAGGCGCGGGCGGAGGCCCGCCGGUCCCCGGAACGGCCUGGCCGGGCUGGAGGCCCGCCCGUCCCCCGGGACGCCCUGGGGGGGGGCGGGGCCCCCCUGGAGGCCCGCCGGUCCCCGGGACGCCUGGCGGGACGGAGGGGCCCGCCCGUCCCGAUAAACCUGGUGGGCACAAACACCAGGCCCUCCCGUCUCGGGACACCUGGGCGCGGGCCCUGCCGACAAAAUCCCAAAGGACACCUGGGGGGCCUCACCUGCCAACUUCUUGGGACAAAACCUGUUAGCAGGCCCUCGCCCCACCGCCCGUCAAUGGCCUACCCACCCAUCCCGAGCGCCUGGCGGGCCUCGCCCACCAGAUCCCGGGACACCCUGGCGGGCCUCACUGCCCCUGCCAAGGCCCGUCCCAAUGGAGGCCUGCGGUGGGCCUCUGCCCGCCCUCCCGUCCCAGGGACGCCUGGCGGGCCUCUUUACCCGCCCGUCCCCGGGUGGACGCCUGAACCUCCCGCCCGUCGCACCGGGACACCUGGCGGGGCCUCUGCCAGCCCGUCCCAGGGAGGCCUGGCGGGCCUCUGCCAGCCCGUCGCGCCCAGGGAGGCCUGGCGGGCCUCUGCCAGCCCGUCCCAGGGAGGCCUGGCGGGCCUCCUUGCCAGGCCCGUUCCAGGGAGGCCUGGCGGGCCUCUGCCAGCCCGUCCCAAGGGAGGCCUGGAGGGCCUCUUGGCCAGCCCGUCCCAGGGAGGCCCUGGCGGUCCUCUGCACCCGCUCGCUCCCAGGGACGCCCUGGCGGGCCUCUCACCCCGCCCGUUCCCUGGGACGCCUGACCCGCCCGUCCCCGGGACGCCUGGCGGGCCUCUUGACCAGCCCGUCCCAGGGAGGCCUGGCGGGCCUUCCUGCCAGCCCGUCCCAGGGAGGCCUGGCGGGCCUCUGCCAGCCCGUCCCAGGGAAGGCCCUGCGGGCCUCUGCCAGCCCCGUCCCAGGGAGGCCUGGCUUGGGCCCUUGCCAGCCCGUCCCAGGGAGGCCUCUGGCGGGCCUCUGCCAGCCCCGUUCCCAGGGAGGGGGCCUGGGGAGGGCCUACUGCUCCAGCCCGUCCCAGGGAGGCCCUGGUGGGCCUAUGCCAGACCCGUCCGCCCAGGGAACCUGGCCUGGGCCCUCUGCCAGCCUGUCCCAGGGAGGCCUGGCGGGCCUCUGCCAGCCUGUCCCAGGGAGGUCCUGGCAAGGCCUCUGCCAGGCCCGUCCCAGCGGACGCCUUGGGCGCCUCUACCCGCCCAUUCCCCGGGACCGCCUGACCCGGCCGUAGGGACGCCCUGGCGGGGGGCCUCUAAACCCGGCCCAUCCCCGGGAACGCCUGGCACCCGCCAUCUGCCCCCGUCCCCGGGGACGCCUGGCCGUCGGCGGGCUUGCCCGCCCGUCCCUGGGAAGGCCUGCGGGCCACUGCCGCCGUCCCCGGGACGGCCUGGGGCCGGGGCUCUUGCCCGCCCGUACCCCGAUCCGGCGGGCCCUAUGCAUGCCCGUAACUGGGACACGCCUUGGCCGGGCCUCUGCCCGCCCGUUCCCCGGGACGCCUGGCGGGCAGCUUCCGCCCGCCCGUCCCCGGGACGCCUGGCGGGGCCUCUGCCCGCCGGUCCCAGGGACGCCUGGCGGGCCUCUGCCCCGCUCCCCAGGCCUCGCCCACCCGUCAAGGCCCGGCCCCCCACUUUCAUCCCGGGACAUCCAGGCCUUUCCCAGUCUCGGGACACCUGGCGGGCCUCGCCCGCACGUCCCGGGACACCUUGGCGGGCCCUGCCGACAAAUCCCAAGAACACCUGGGGGGCCUCACCGGCCACUUCUUUGGGACCUGUUAAGCGGCCCUUCGCCCCACCCGUCAAGGCCUGCCCACCAAUCCCGAGACGCCUGGCGGGCCUCGCCAACCCCCAGUCCCCAGGACAACCUGCAGGUAUACAGAAGGGCCUCACAUGCCCCUUCCCGGAACCCGUAGCUUGGCCUGGCAUGCCUCUGCCCGCCCGUACCAGGGAGGCCUGGCGGGCCCCUGCCCCGCCCGUUCCCCGGUGGAAGGCCUGGCGGGCCUCUGCCCACCCGUCCCCGGGAGGCUCCUUGGCGGGCCUCUGGCCCGCCGUCCCCGGGAGGCCUGGUGGGCCCUCUGCCCGCCCGUCCCCGGAGGCCUUACCCGCCCGUCCCCUGGACGCCUGGCGGGCCUCUGCCGCCUGUCCCCAGGACGCCUGGCGGGGCCACGCCCGCCCAGUCCCCGGGACGCCUGGCGGGGCUCUGCCCGCCCAUCCCCGGACGCCUGGCGGGGCUUCUGCCCGCCGUUCCCGGAGACGCCUGGCAGGGGAGGCCGCCGGUCCGCGGGAAUGCCUGGCGGGCGGAGGCCAGCCCGGUCCCCUGGAACGCCUGGCGCGGAGGCCCGCCGGUCCCCGGGAAGCCUGGCGGGCGGAGGCCCGCCCGUCCCCACGGAAGCCUGGCGGGGCCUCUGCCCGCCCGUUUCCCCGGGACGCCUGGCGGGACCUCUGCCCUCCCGUCCCCGGGACCUGGGCGGGCCACUUGCCCGCCCGGUCCCCGGAGGCCUGGGCGGGCCGCUGCCCGCCCGUCCCCGGGACGCCUUGCGGGGCCUCUGCCCGCCCGUCCCCGGUAUGCCUGGCCGGGGCCGCUUGCCCGCCCGUGCCCGGGGCGCCUGGCGGGCCUCUGCCCGCCCGUCAGGGACGCCUUGCGGGCCUCUGCCCGCCCGGUCCCCGGGACGCUUGGCGGGCCUCUUCCCGCCCGUCCCCGGGACGCCUGGCCGUCCCGCUGCCCGGGCAGGGUCCCCGGGACCUGGGCGAGGCCCGGGCCCGCCCGCCGGUCCCCGGACCGCUGCCUGGGCGGAGGCCCCGGGCCGUCCCCGGGACCGCCUGGGAGGGCGGAGGGCCGCCCGUCCCCGGGACGCCUGGCCGGGCCGCCCCGGGCCGGUCCCCGGACGUGCCCCUGGCCCGCAGGGGAGGGGACCCGCCCAUCCCGCCCCGGGACGCCUGCCCGCCCGGGAGGGCCCUGGCCCCGUCCCCGGGGCGCCUGGCGGGCCCCGCUCCGCCCGUCCCGGGACCCCGCCUGGCCCGGGCCCCGGGAGGCCGGCAGCCGUCCCCGGGACGCCUGGCGGGGCGGAAGGGCCCCGCCCGUCCCCGGGAGGCCUGGCGGGCGGAGGCCCGCCCGUCCCCGGGACGCUGGCCGGGCCCAGGAAGGCCCGCCCGUCCCCGGGACGCCUGGCGGGCGGAGGGCCCGCGGCCAUUCCCCACCGGGACCCGGGCCCUGGCGCGGAGGCCCGUGCGGGACGCCUGCGCGGGCGGAGGCCCGCCCGGUCCCCGGGACGCCUUGGCGGGCGGAGGCCCGCCCUCCCGGACGGCCAUGGCGGGCCCCGGGAGGCCCUCCCGUCCCCGGGCACGGGGCAGGGCGGAGGCCCGCCUGUUCCCCGGGACGCUUGGCGGGCCUUGCCCGCCCGUCCCGGGACGCCUGGCGGGCCUCGCCCGCCGUCCCUUAAGAGAGUAA